AUGAAUUUUAGUGAUUUUAUUGGAAAACAGCGUAAAUCAGAACCUAGCGCGGUUCUAAUGAUGCGUAUAAUCAUUAUCAUUAUAAUUUCAUCGUGCUUAAUAGCAUAUAUUGCAAUUUUAAUCAAUGACGUAAAUAGGGAAAUUCCUGCAAUUAAAACUUCGAAAGUUCCGGUAGACACUCUCUCAAUUCCCGAUGUCCUAAUUUCAUUUGAUCAUCCUUUUCACAUUUAUUGUACUUUUGUAUGGUAUAUUAAUGGAUAUUAUUCUAGAAAUGAUAGCGAAUCUUGUAUGCAAUACAUCACACAACCAAAUUAUGUUGACAAGACAUAUACUGGAUAUUUUUCUUUAAAUGACCAAUCACAGUACUUUACUCCCAUGAAAUCUGAUGAAGAAUAUUUUGAAUCUUUGGCAAUUGUGGUUAUUAUUGAUGACCCAAAUUUUAUUUACAGACCAUCAUUUUCUUCCGUACCUUUCGCAAUAAUUUUCGAUUCAGAGAAUAAUCCUAUUAAAUUAUCAGAUGGUACAUUAGAUUUAUCAAAGACAAAUUUUUCUAUUGAUGAAAAUGAGAUAUUAAUAAAUAAUGCGUUUGUAUUGACAGAUAGAAUGUUCUCUUUAGUGAAUUUUACGAAACAUAAAAAAUUAAGUAUAAUUCCAAAUUGGAUAAGUGAUAUUGGAUUAUCUUUCAAACACAAAGAAAGUCUUUAUGUUAAUACAAAGUUUGUUCAGGGAGUUUUUGUUGCCGAAAGCGAACAUUUAAGUGGAAUUAAAGUUAAACCUGAAACCUUUAUUAAUUAUAUUGAAACCGAACAGAUAUCUAUUACGUACUUGGGUAUAAUUGGAGUUAUAGGAGAAACAUAUCCUAUCGAUAAUGAUGAAAUUCCAGAUGAUCCUUAUUUUAGUAUUGCUUUUUUUCGACCAAGUUCAUUUAUUGAUAUUAUUGAAAUUGAUCAAAG